UUUUUCGUUACAGUCACCUGGGGGGGCCCUACUGUCCGAACCUGAUUGCCAGGAUUGUGCCCGUUUUUGGUUUGUAAUGUAUCACUAACUCUAUGUACAAAUUAACUUUAGGUUGAAUCAUAUACAUACAGUUGAAUAUAUUUAUGUAAAGAAUUGAACUUUUUUAAAUUGAAUUAAUAAAAAAAAAGAAAGAAAAAGACAACCAGUUUGUAGCAUUACUGUUCUGCUCCUGUUAUUCCUGUAUACUAAUUAUUUUGAAUUUACAUGUGAGAGGAGAAGGCCUGCUGGUUACGGUACCUAUCGACUCGAAAGCGACCGUUAGUCCCCCAUAAUACUGAACACCUAAAGCUGAGUUGAAUGCACAUUGCGCUAAAGACGGCUAGGGCGGCACAUGAGUGGUAAAACCCAUGAAGUAUCGUUCCUUGACAUUUUCUACCCCUUGUACUCCACCACCACUCGUUAAUUUUUUGUGAACAUCAUUGAAUGGCGCUAAGAGAUGGAGUUCACAAAUUAUGUAACAGCGGUGCUCCAGUCUUAUGCAUGGAUGAAUGCUAGUGGAUGAAUAUUUUCCUGUAGGUUGGCAGUGAAGCUUCUCCAGUUUCCCAAAGCUGCCAACGAUCUAGUUCGUAAUUGUCGAUAAUCACAAGAGGAAAUGGAAGCACACUUUCCGUUACUUGCUCGAACUUUGGUGGACGUACUGCACACGUACUCUCUGCGGAUGUUCGAGUAACGGUAAAGUACCAUUUGGUCCUAACUUGUAACCGCCACAUGAGUGGCUUGUUUUGGAGUUGUUUUUCGUUAUUUUGUCAGGUCAUUGUGAUCAUGUAAGCAAGAUCCGAGAAGUAGCUGCUCCUGGUCAUAAGCGGCCAGCUGAUGAUUUUUUUAAUUGAGGACUGCGGUAAAACAAAGAAGCUAUUUGCAUGCUUUAAUCUUAUACUUCAAGUUACGUACAUACAAAUGUUAAAUUCCGUCUUGCGGGAAAUAAUAGAAAAUUCAAUUUAAUUAAAGUAAGGAGGAAAAAGCAUCAGUUCGCAGGAUUCAGGUAUUCGUACUCAAAUCCACAUCACGUACGUUUUUAGGAGGUGUAAAGAAGACAGUAUUAAUUAAAUUUUCACUUUUGAUAAAUAUCUUUGAUUUUUCAAAAAGUAAGGAUAAAGUUCGUUAUAAUUUGGCUAAUCUAAAAAUGCAAAUGUUCGUAACUAAAGUAAUUAAAUUUACAAUUUUUUAUUAAAUGAAGAUGAAAUACAAGAGGACAAGGAGUCACGCAUCUGGAAAAUUUUGUCGUAAAUUUUGCCAUGUAAAUGUUUUUCAGGAAGGACAAUAAAAUUGAUGAAAUCAAAUUUUUUUUAACGUACGGUAAUAUCCAUCUGAAGAUAUUAAGGAAUGUCAUCAUCUGAGGUAAUGGAUUAUUGUGCGACUUGUUACGAAUAUUUGCAGAUAGCCUUCCCGUAUAAUGAAGAAAGUUUCACCUUGGACUUCGUAAUUUAGUCAAUAUAACAUUUUAUCAUAAGUACACACAAAAUCUCUUAACGAGGAUCAACAUUACUACUGAUUUUGCGCAAGUUUGUUGAAAUACCACCCACCAAGUCAGGCGUGAAAGUUUCGAAGUCAUUUCACUUUUAACAUUUCUCAAUAUGAGGUUUGCUUUCUCAACCGACCUACAAAUUCGAGAAGUAUUUCAUGGAACAAGGUAGUUCGUCAAUUUGAAAACAAAGGCAAGAUAAUUCAAGACUUCCGGUCGAGUAUUAUCAGGUACAUAAAAUAUGAAGCGGAUCUUUUUUCAUGUCGGAAUAAAACUUUGCAUCGAAAAUUUUCAAAUUCAAUAAUAUCGUUGGAUCAUCGUGAUGCACAGGUACAAUAUUACUCAUACAAUUUGUAUGCCCUACAUUAUGUGAGAAAAUGACAGCCAUAUAACAAGAUAAGUAAACGAUAAGUUUUUGUAGUAGUUGUGGCCGAUAAAAAUUUAGAAAGCGGAAAUUCAAAUAUAAAAAAUGCUCAAGCUCACGAGGCAGCUCAUUUUUUCGAAAUUUAGUGUGUGCGAAAUCCCUUGAAUUUCUAGAUCCUCAAUCGCAUAGUUUCAUCGUUUUAACCGAAGAAUACUGAAAGGGAAUUGCUGUAAACUUCUUAUUACCUUUAUUUUACUAUAUCUGCUGACACCAAGGGACAACCAACUUUUUCUGGACCAUUACUGAAGUUAUCAUUUCAUAAACAAGCCAAGUAUCAGUUAGUUGUGUUACCGGUGUUACAAUUAAGACCUUCUAGAAUUGUAUCAGCUUCAAGUACUUAAAUCCAAGUACCAUCAGGAAUCAGAUUUAUUACUUGGUACUUCAACGAGGUUCUAGCCUGGGAUUAGGUAAUCAACAAUAGUUUCCGAAAUUUACAUUUAGUACAAUUCUUCAACCAAGGCAAGAAGGGUUUAUGAAAAAGUUCAACGACUCAUAGCAGUAAUAGGUAAUAAGAUGAAAAAUCUAAAAGUGAUUUGUAGAGGAAUUAUGAAGAACAUUUUCGUGAUUGAUUACAAAAGCUGUCGCAGUUCAUCAUAUCAUAAGGGCGCAAGUAUAGAAAAAUAUACAAAAAUGACAUUGUUAGGAGUAUGUGUUUUUACAAAAAAAUAGCUUAAGUUUAGAAGGAAGUUUGAAAAGAAUCGUCAUUUUAGAGACAAGAUCAAAAGAGAAAAUUACCCGUUUCUGUCCUCGCAUCAUUCGUUUCAGCAUGAAGACUUUAUUUUUACAUCUUUCCCAUAUUAUUUACGUGGUAUCAACUUUUUUUUGUAGAGGACGUUACGUUACGUAUGAAUAUUUGCAGUCAAAUUCAAGCGGUGUGUUUCCGAAAUUUAAGUGAAAAUAAUUUGAGAAGUUCGGACGAGUUGGACUUAGAAGAAGGAAAGUAUAAGAUGCGAAUUUUUUCUACAUCGUCAGAACUCCUAGAAUUCAGCGUUUUUCUAUUUUAACCUUUGUGCAACAGGUUUCGGGUUUUGAAUAUAGUAUUAAUUUUUGUGUUGUGCGCAAUAUCAAAGACAGUAGUUCCAGAAAAGCAUCUAUAACGCAGCCAGCUUGAAGUUUCGAGAAAUUCUGUUGUAUACACAAUACAUAUAAAACCUGAAAAGAAAUUUCGUCGCUUCCAUUGCGCAAAGUAGGAAACUAAGCCUAACUAACGCAUUAUUAGGAUUAGGACACCGAAUAGUAUCAUUUGAUUUAUAAAUUUUGCGAUGUCAAAACCCGCUGUUUACAGAUAGUCUAAGACGAUCUUACCCUUUCGCAGUCCAGCACGUUGGGAAUAUCGAUUGGUGCAAAAUAAUCAAAAAAAGUCGCAAGUAUUCGUAACUUAUUUGGAUUUUUAUCCCUUUUCUAGAAGAUCACAAGAACAACACUGAUACUGCGUUUCGGGUCGUCUUUCACGUAUUUAAAUGAAGAUGUUUGCAUCGUGUUAAAUAACGAAUGCAACAAUUAAAAAGGAUUUUGAACGUGGAAACCGCAAUUUUGCAAGUAUCGAAAGUUUUAUGAAAGUUGAAUUGUAACAGAAGUUUUUCGAAAUAUUUCUUUUCCUAGUCGUGAUUAUUCGUAACGAAGCAACAGUGCGAACACCGGAGUAUCAUUUUAUUUUAUUUACUGUUUGUGACAAAGUGAAAGUUUUAGAUUAUUAUUGAUAUUAGAUCGUAAUUACCGAAAGAAGCUGACAUCAACCACUAGUCGUAUACACUUCAUCAGAUCCUGAGAUAAGGAAAAUCACUCCCAAGAGUUUCGUCUUUAAACAAGCUCGGUAUUUCCAUUUUCCCCCCGCUUUAUCGUGAAUCGUGAUUAUUCGUAACAAAGCAUAAUUCUUCAACAGUGCAAACACCGGAGUAUCAUUUUAUUUUAUUUACUGUUUGUGUCAAAGUGAAAGUUGUAGAUCAUUAUUGAUUUAAUUACCGAAAGAAGCUGACAUCAACCAGUAGUCGUAUAAACCUCAUCAGGUCCAGAGAUAAAGAAAAGCACUCUCAAGAGUUUCGUCUUUAAACAAGCGCGGUAUUCCCAUUUUUCCACCGCUUUAUCGUGAUUCAUGAUUAUUCGUAACGAAGUAUAAUUUUUCAACAAUGCAAACACCAGAGUAUCAUUUUAUUUUAUUUACUGUUUGUGUUAAAGUGAAAGUUGUAGAUGAUUAUUAUUAAUAUUAGAUCGUAUCACCGAAAGAAACUGGAAUCGUAUGUACUUCAUCAAGUUUCGUCUUUAAACAAGUGCGUUAUUCCCAUUUCUCACCGUUUAAUCUCUGAAAGUUGACAACCAACUACACAACGUAGUCCGUGAUCCAGGUAUUUAAUAGUUAAAGAAAAAUGAAUCAUUUGCAGAAUUUGUAAAAAAUGAAUUCCGUCCGAGAAUUACUACAAGGAACAAGUUGAAACAUUUUCAUCGUUCAUUGAGUAUCAGUUUAUCUCUUGUCUUGUUACAAACGAUGAUAUUUUAUAGAGGUGAUUAAAGUUGCGCAUAUUAGAUACCAAGUUGUAACGGUUGAGAAACGGCAGCAUGCAACCGACUAAGGCCUUCCAAGAACUCCAAUUGAAAAAACCAGCUAUUUAGUCAAACGGUGGAAAUUUGGAUUUUUCGUCUUACAACUAUAAGUUAAUGGAAUCCUCGAAAGGAAACGCUAAUUGCUAUUGUCGUAUUCGGUUUUGUCCACAAAAGGAUUAUACAUUAAGUAUUUGAUGAAAUACCAGAAAUUGUCGGACCUGAUUUUAGAAUACAAAAACAUCGUUCGUUCUACAUCAAAGCUCACUAAGGAUUUAUAAACAGAACAAUAAAAACGAUUAUUUUUAUUAGGAAUCAUAUACUUUUACGUAUCAAAAAUAGGACAAACAACUUUAGAACCUUCGCAGCGCUUUACAAACUCACAAAGGGUACCAACAAAUAAGUGCCGCUUAAUAUCUUAGCGCAGGUCAGUGCAUAUCUAGUGUGAAAAGUAAAACUAGUUGCAGAACAAAAACAAUGAUGUUUUCCAACGAUUUUGUAAAAAAGUCUGGAGUCGGCUUUCUAGUUUACCUACUCAUAAUUUUUUGUUAUGCCCCCCCUUUCUUAAAACAGUUCAGCAUUUUUUAAAUCAAAGUUAUAAGGAGGAACAGCUUUGAGAAGAAACUGGAUGAACAGAAAUUGGCCGAAGAUAGGACCCAAUACACAUUUGUACACUAAUCGGUAUUUUUCUACGCCCCUAAUCGAUGGAAUUUGUUGCAUUCUUUUUUUUUUUUUUGUUAUGAUAGUUCGGGAUUAGAACUGCUUUUGGUUGCUUGUGGAUUCAAAAGAUAGUUGAUCUGGAUUUCUUAGUCUGCGCGAAUGGGGAGUUCCAUUUGGAAACCGAUAAUUAACAAAGGUGAAGAUUUCGGUGAAAAAUGAAGGGAUUCUCGUUGUUGAAAGCAUUCUUAAGUAUGGUUAAGUAAAGAAGAGGCUCGCUGGAUGGUGGAAAAAUGAAGCAGAAUAGUUUAUUUUAAAAAGGGAGGAUGCCAUGUAUCGUGAAAGGAAAACAAGCAGGAUAAAAAAAUGAGAGGAAUUAUCUUUAUGCGGCGUCUGAAGAAAGCAAAAGUGAACUCUAGAAAAAGAUUAACAUAAAAUAUCUAGUAAAAAUUGGAAACACGAAGAGUUGCUGUACAGAUAGUGAAUGGAUGAAGAGGAGGAAUGUGAGAAAAAGGAACAGGACUGGAAGUUUUUGAGAAGAAAGGAUGCCAAGGAAAACAAGCAAGAUCAAGAAAAAUUUUGUGAAGAGGGAUUAUCUUCAAUCAGCGUUGGAAGAAAGCAAGAGCGAACUCUAGAAAUGAACAGAAUAUGUCGAGACAAAAUUGGAAAACGAAGGCUUGCUAUACAGAGAGUAAACGGACGAAAGUAGAAGAGGAAAGUCAGAAAAAAGAAGAAAGAAUAUCUUCAUUUAGCGUUGGAAGCAAGGAAAGAGGAGAAUUAAUGUGUAGAAAGAAAUUAUUCUAAAAAAGCAAGAGAAUGUCAGGCUAAAAUUGAAAGAUUUCAAACGGACGAUGAUUGAAGAGGAUUACUAAAAAGUCUAACAUGAACAACAUACAACAUCCAAAUGUAAAGAAAACUAAUCUACUCUUCAAAACUGUACAACUUCAUGAAGUUACCGAAUUGUAUGUAUUUAUUUGGAAAUAUCUUUUAUUGUUGCUUGUGGAACUUGAUUUGAAAUUUCUUCUUGUUCCAAAUUACGUAUCUUCGCAAAUUAGUAACACCGAUUUGUAUACUCGUUCAUAACCUACCAAUGGUUGCUCUAGAAGUGUGUGGAUUGUCAAUUCCUUUGUCCGGAAGCAAUUAUGAAAAAAACAUGUUAGUUCAAAAGAAGUUUCAAAUAUUCUGUGAAAUAGUGUUUCAUUACAUCGACCAAAUUUGCAAAUUGUUUCAUUCACAAUUGACGAUAUUGUUACGGAAAGCUUAAGCAACUGCCAUUCUCCGAAAUUGCAAGUUCUUUUUCGAGACUUCAAGAAUUCAACCGCGUUAUUUCGACAAUAUUAUUUAAAGUGUAACAAGAAAACGACAUUUUGGACCGGAGGACCGGAGUAUCUGGUCUUUACUAACUUAAAAAAAUCAUGAUUGUUCAUUCCCACGAAGAAAGACAAUUUUCGUUUCGUUCCAUUAUCGACAAUAAGUUUUGAAUCCGAACGGAGAAGUAACAACAGUUAAAAACUGUUAAAACCAUGGUGACUUAUGAUUUGUAUUUUUUUUUACUGUUGCGAAAAUUACCCAUACGAAUUUUAACAAUCUUAAGCGAGGUACCUACCCUACACAAUACAAUUCGCGGGAAAUGACGGGAUGGAAUAUACAAAUAUCUUCGACAAUAGAUUUUCUUUCACUGAGUGAUAGACUUUAAUUGUACGAAAAAUACUCAACGGGAAUUACAACCAACCAUUUCCACAUGGUUUUCGUCACAGAAAUCCUCCAUCACUUUUGACCCAAACACCCUACAGGAGAAGAUCCACUUCGAAAUACAUUUAUUACGCGAAGUUUUUUUGUAAGAUACAAAGCUGGAUUGCAAGACUUUGCUUUGGGUACGAGGACCAAUCGCAUUGUUAUUUUGACAAAAAAAUACAAAACGUAAUUUAUUUUGUUAGUCGAGAUUGGAGUAUGUAACAAAUGAAAUACUUAAGCGUUUAAAAAUAAAAUUUGUGAAGAAGUAGAUAUGUAUUUUUAACGAAAUCCAUUUUGUAGUAGGUGAAGAAUUUUAGGUAUGGUGUUAUAACCACAAUAACAAGAUAUGACGUAGCAUAGUUUCAUUUCCAAAUAAAAAUUCUUCCUGGCUCCGAUCAGCUAAAGAAUCGUCUACCUUUUGUACUCUCCAAUGUUUUAACAACCAAGUAUUAUAAGAACUUCAGCGAAUUAUUAGAUGCAUUUUGCAGAAGACGAUUGGAGUCUAAUUUUUUGAGAACGACAAAUUUUUGGAUAGUGGUUUUUAAAGAAAUUAAGAAUUUUUGUUUGGUAUAAUGGACGUCAUAUUUUUAAACAUCGACUAGAAAAUUUGUGUGUUGGCAUUUUUGAAGGUAAGAUUUGGUUACAAGGAAAAUUACGGAAAUGGAAAAAAUUACAAAGGAGCUUAGAAGAAUGAAAAAUACUAUUUGAAGAUGUAACUUACUGAAGAGAGAAGAUAGGCGAAGAAUAGUAAUAGAAGAGAGAAACGAAACGACGAAUGAAGCGUCACUGCCGCUAUUUAUCUGAAUAAAAAGUAACUACAUUUUGCAUUGAAUUUAAAUGAUUUUUAGAAAAAGAGGACGUCAUCUUCCAACAGAAAUCAACAUAUUUGCAGGAUGGCCCGACCAUUUAUAUUUAAAGCAGAAGAAAAUAUCUUCUGUAGGUGAAAGAAUAGAAUUUAUCGCCGACGAAGGGCGAAGGAAGGUUUGAAAUCGCCGGAGGGGUAGAAAAAGAAGAGAAUUUGUCGCCAUUGAUAGAGAAGAAAAAAGUCAAUUUGUUUUCGACAACGGGAUGAGAAAGAAGAGGAUGAAAGAAGUGGACCUUUCGCUGACAAGGGAAUAAGAAUGAAGAAGACUACUCACCGCUGGGGGACGAAGAACGAAAAGGAAUAUUCCACCGAAGGAUGAAGAAAGAAGACAGCUCGCCAUCGAGGGAUGAAGAAAGAAGAGGACCACUCGCCGCCGAGGGAUGAAGUAAGAAGAGGACUACUUGCCGCCGAGGAAUGAAUAAAGAAGAGGACCACUCGCCGUCGAAGGAUGAAGUAAGAAGAGGACCACUUAAUGUUGGGGGAUGAAUAAAGAAGAGGAUCAUUUGCCGCCGAGGGAUGAAGUAAGAAGAGGACUAUUCGCCGCCGCGGGAUGAAGUAAGAAAAGCACCACUUACUGCCGAGUCUUGAAGAAAGAAGAGGACUACUGGCUGCCGAGGGACGAAGAAAGAAAAGGACUACUCGUCGCCGAGGAAUGAAUAAAGAAGUGGACCACUCUUCGCCGACGGAUGAAAUAAGAAGAGGACCACUUGUCACCGAGGCUUGAAGAAAGAAGAGGACUACUGGCUGCCGAGGGAUGAAGAGAGAAAAGGACUACUCGUCGCCUAGGGAUGAAUAAAGAAUAGGACCACUCGUCGCCGAGGGAUGAAGUAAGAAGAGGACCACUUGCCGCCCAGGCUUGAAGCAAGAAGAGGACUACUGGCUGUCGAGAAAAGGACCACUCGUCACCGAGGAAUGAAGUAAGAAGAGGACCACUCGUUGCCGAGAGAUGAAGUAAAGAAGAGCCAGAAGAGGACCACUCGUCGCCGAGGGAUGAAGUAAGAAGAGGACCACUCGUUGCCGAGAGAUGAAGUAAAGAAGAGCCAGAAGAGGACCACGGGCUGCCGAGGGACGAAGUAAGAAGAGGACCACUUGUUGCCGAGAGAUGAAGUAAAGAAGAGCCAGAAGAGGACCACGGGCUGCCUAGGGACGAAGUAAGAAGAGGACCACUUGUUGCCGAGGGAUGAAGAAAGAAAAGGAUACGUCGUCGAUAAAAAGUGAAGAAGGAAGAGAAGAUGAGUCGUCGGCAGAAAAACAGAAACUUUUAUUUCAAUAGAGUAUUUUGCGUUGGGUUAUAUAUGGUAUCUAUUUUACAAAAAGAGGUCUUUUCUAUUAUUUCGUAAUCCAUUUAUGAUUUGGGAAAUUGGAUAUAAGUAGGUUCAAUAUUUUACAGCUUAAAUGAAAAUGAAGAAAGUUACCACAGGCUAGGCGUUGCAGGAUGAGUCGCCCAAUUUUUAUUAAUUGAGGAACAAUGAAAAUAUUUUUUGUUGCAGCAGCAUAAUAAACAAGAUCAGUCCAGGAACGAAAAAAGAAAUAAUUCGGCAUCCCAAAAAUGAAAAAAGAACAGGUUACAGAAUAUCAUAAGUAGUCAAUAAAGAAAUGUUGUAUCGUCGCUGGGAGAAAAGAAGGGGAAAGAUGAGGGAAACUUAUUUAUUCAUUCGGAAAUUCGUCGUCGUCAAAUGAUGAAAGGAUAUUUGUGGCGUUAGUAAUGAAGAAGGAAGUAAGGAAAACUUUCAUAACCCCCAUGAUGAAAUCUAAGAUUUAUCUUCACUUGAUUUGUUAUUGUCGGAAAUGAAUAGAGAAGACAAUUACUAUUAACGAUAGAAAAAUAAUGAAAACGAUAAAAAUGAAUUCGUCGUCAUGUCAAAUCAUUGUUUCGUAUGAAGAAAAGGGGUUUGUCAUUUAAGAAUGAAGAAAAUGGAAAUAAGUCAUCACCGGAAACGAAAAAAGAGGAGUAUUCGCAAGUGCUAUAUUUCACAAAAAGAAGAAAAUUACUGCUAGUAAAAAAAAAUAGGAUUUUUCGCCACAGGAAGCAGAAGUAGAAGUAAAGAAUACAAAAAAACAUCCAAUUUCGUAUGAAAUAAAAGGAUUUGUUCUUCCAAAGCGAAAGUAAUAAGGUUUUUUCCUUUGUAAGAACAAAUAAAUUUUUACCGUAUGCUAAAACAGGGGAGAAUUUGUCGUUGUAGUGGAUAUAAAAAGAAGAAGAAACGUCACUGUCAACGAAAGAAACUUAACUGUACUGUUGAUCGACAAAACAAACGAAUGACUUCUAUUGUAUCUAUAAAAUGAAAAGGAUUUUUCAUGGGUAGUCGACUUACGUAGCAAGUUGUUUAGCGAAAGAAUUUGUCAAUAUCGUUGAUGUACAGGGGACAAAAGGAGAAUUAAUGGGAUAAAGAAAGAGAAAAGAUGAAAUGAACUGAUCAUCAUCGGUCUAAAGGAAAAAAAACUACGCAGAUGAUUUUUUUCGUCAUAGCAGAAGCGUGUUUGAUGUAAUUUUCAGUCAGCAGACCUAACCAAUGUGAAAUUUUAAUAGAAAUCUGAAUUACUGAACAAUACGCGUAAGACUUCGUCGCAGGUGGAAACGCGGGAUUAUAAAUUAUCAACUUUUGAACCAAAGAACCAAGAUUCGUCAUUGUGAUCUGCAUCGCCAACGUUGUAUGAAGAAAGAAUGAUGCUAAGAGAAGUACAGGGUGAAUCCUUCACUACUAAAGAGAGAAGUCAAGAAUUUCAGUUGGUUAAGCCAUCGGUGUUAAAAUGUGAAAAAGGAUGGUGGCUUUCUUUUUCUCAUAAUACAAGAAAGGACAAGUAAAAGAUAUUUGACCAUCUUCCUGCCACAACGAAAAGGAAACUGUUACACUUUAAUAGAUUGGGGGCAGUUAGCAAAAUGUAAGUUUACGAAGAGCCACACGAAAAAUUCACUCAAAGAAGAAAAUGUCAGAAGAAAGUAAUUGUGAAUAGGAAAACAAGACAAAAUAAUUUCAUUUAAAUUUGGAGAAAUUGAGAAAUUUUUUACGAAAAAAUUAAGGAAAACGUGAAAAAAAAAUAAGUAACGAAAAAUAAGUGGGAGAGAAGUAAUCAUAAUACAACUGUCGCAAGAACUGUACAGAAAAGUAAAAAGGAAAAAAGGGAAGACGCUAAAGAGCUAAAUUUGUAUGUAUGGGAAAAUUACGGUUAAAAGACAACGACAUUAAAAUGUACAAAUAACAUUGUUAAAAUUUAAUCAAAAAGUUGAAUUUGAGAUGUUGGCAUAACACAUAAAACAUUUUCGAUAAAACUCAAAAAACAAAUUAGAUAGUCACAAACUUUUUCCCUGCAUUGACGAACUAGGAACACAAAUUGUUCAUCAAACAUAUACUGAAUCUUCUGUCGUAAUAGUAUAAUACAAAGGAUAAUAAUUUACUCGUAAUUUUUCAAUGGUUACAAGCUUCUACAUUACGAUACAGAAAUGAUGUCUUUCAUUUUUACACACGUUUGUAUUUGUGUAUUUAAUUUUUCCUUGUAAUUUUGUAUACAAAUAUUCCUAAUAAAUAAAUACUUAUUUAUUUUCUUUUUCUUUACAUUUCUUAUCAUGAAUAUUACAUAAUAUACCCUUUAGAAGAUAAGUUCUUAACUCCAGUGGAAUUACAGACGCGUAAGCACAGAUCCAAAAUUUCAAGACGACAGUAAAAAACGAACUAGUGCAUGCAAAUUGAAAAAAUUCAACAAUUAAAUAAUUUGGUAUAAGAUUUGCAAAAAGUCGGAAACACCAACAGGCAACAAGCAGUAAGGAAUAUUUUUUUUGCAAGUUCCACUUAGUUCCAUCAAGCGAUUUUCUGCUCCAAGAUUUUGCAUAAGAGUUCUAACAGAAUCUAACUGCUCUAAGUUCUAAACAAUGUCACACUUAACAGUUUUAUGAUCUCAGUGCGAGAUUUUACACCACCUAGAAAUGUGGCACCUACUAGUAGUGAAUUUAAUUUUUGAAUUCAUUUACCCAAACUCAGUAAAAAGUGCUUGGGUGGAAAUCCCUCAAUUGGCCAACAAAAAAUCGCCCCAAUUUGUUUUUGGUAGCACCACAAAGUUAACUGUUCGAAAUUUACUCUCGCUUUUAGGCUCCCCUAAAGUCAGUUUUCACAAUAAAAAGUUUCCAACAACCACACCCGCUACUUAUAAAUUGUUAAAAACAACACCAAAAAUUCAUAGUACGACUACUCCAAAUUACAAAGACUUAAUGACUACUAUUCAACCCCUAACAACGACUCCUCAAAUAAGCAGAAGAAUGAAUCCCAAAACUGAAAACACUUUAAAGGCACCGGAAGAGUUUACAGAGGCACCAAAAUCUGCAAGCAAAGCAAAUAAAACAAAAAGCAGAACUGAAGAAAUUAAUUCUGGAUUUAUGCCUCUCUUGAACACCAUCCAAGAAACUUUAACUCACAGCGCUAAAAAGUCCCUCAAAAGCAAAAUUUCACUGCUUACCAAUUUGAGAGACAAUUUAUUAGUAAACAUCGACGAACGUAUGGGAAGUCUGUGGAGAACAUCAGAUGAUGAUUUAGUGGAGGCUCGAGGACAUGACGACCACGAAAUGGAUUUUCCGUCAAAUGAAGGGGCUUUGAUGACGAUCGGAUUUCUGACCUUUGCUGUUUUUCUUAUUAAACUAGUUUUGAAGCUUAUUCAAGCCCUUAAAAAUAAAACUUCUAAUGUAACAAUGAUGAAUGGGACGACUGCCACUGCGUUUAUUGGCAGGAAGCGAAGACAACUGGAAGAUGAAUAUGAUAAUUUAAAAAUACUACAGUUUAUUGAAGACUAUAAGUUUGGUUAAUUUAUUACAUUCAUUUAUUAGUACAUUUU